AUGCUGUGUUGUCUAAAAUCCCUACCAGCACCACUGCAGAUCUGCAUGGGAAUGUGCCUCCACCAGGAUGUCACAGAAGAAGGUAAAAAGGCCAAACUCCAGAGCUCCAAAAUAGAACAGGACCUCUGUGAACAUGCCAGGACUGAGAUGAACGUGGUGAAAAUCCUCAUGCUUGGAGCUGCAGAGAGCGGGAAGAGCACGCUGAUCAAGCAGAUCAAGAUCAUCCACAGCCACGGCUUCUCCAAGCAGGAGCUCAUCAGUUUUCAGGCUUCAGUGCUCGACAACCUCCUGACCUCCAUGAAGUUCGUCCUCCGAGGAAUGGGGAUGCUGAGGAUCAACCUCGCCAGCAAGAAGAACAAGGUGCACGCUCGCUCCAUCCUGUCCUGCAGCCGGUGUCUGGGGGACGACCGGGAGCUGCUUCCCUUCGUGGCCCACGCCCUGUGCUCGCUCUGGGCCGACCAAGGCGUUCGAGCAGCCGCGGCCCGAGGCUACGAGUUCGAGCUGAACGACUCUGCACUCUACUUCUUUGAGAACAUGAGUCGAAUCAUCGCUCCCAACUACGUUCCCACUGAGCCGGACGUUCUGAGGGUGAGAGUGAGGACCUGUGGAAUCAUCGAGACGCAGUUUCAAGUGAAUGAAACAAUAUUUCGGUUGUACGAUGUCGGGGGCCAGCGGAGCGAGAGGAGGAAGUGGCUCAGUUGCUUUGACUGUAUUCAGGUGGUGCUGUUUGUGGUGUCCCUCAGCAGCUAUGACUCCACACUGACGGAGGGCGCCUCGAGGAAUCGGCUGCAGGAAAGUCUUCAACUCUUUACAUCAGUCUGCACCAACACCGGAUUUAACAGCACAUCACUGAUUCUGUUCAUGAACAAAACGGAUCUUUUCCAGAAGAAGAUCCUUCGUUCUGCAAGACACUUGAGAUGUUACCUCUCUGGUUAUACAGGAGCGGAUGGUGACGUGGAUUCUGCAGCCCAUCACAUAACUGCCAUGUUCUCAGCGUGCAGCAGCAGUCCGGACAAGCCCGUGUACCACCACUUCACCACGGCCACAGACACCACCAACGUCCAGGUGGUCUUCCACAUGGUCAUAGAUCAGAUUAUCAGGGAGAACCUCGCAGCCGUGCAGCUGCUGUAA